ACGUGGUUUUCAAAGAUUUCCAUGACCCAACGCGUCCUUCCCGAUCAAAGCGCGUCUUAGAGAAACUGAACUACUUUGCGCUUCUAAGGUGUAGGGUGAAGUAAUACUGCUAGUACAAUCUGCAAAGCGGAAUUGAGCAUUGGUAUUCACGACAGGUUUCAAGAAGGUACAAGACAAAGAUGGAUCUGGUAGCGGAUCUGCUUAAUGCAACCCAGUCCUCCGAGCAAUCGAUCAGAACCUCUGCCGAGCAACAGAUCAACGAGCUGCAAACCUCCCACGCGCCCGAUCUCACGCGUGCGCUGAUUGGAAUUGGCUCUUCUCCCGCCUAUGCCGUGCCGCUGCGCCAAUCCGCACUCCUAGUGCUCAAGCACACGAUCGCGCGCAAAUGGUCUCUGCAAUUCGAGGAAUUCACGGGCGAGCCGCUGACGCAGGAAGUCAAGGCGCAAGUCCGGGCCGAGCUGUUCCAGAUCAUGCGGUCGUCCGAGCGGAGGCUGCAGGCAUUGGCGGCGAAUCUGGUGUCGAAGAUUAGCAGCGCGGAUUUUCCGGACGAUUGGCCUGAGCUGUUUGAUGAUCUGAUGGGGUUGAUGAGGAGUAGUGAGAAUGAGUGUAUUCGAGGUGCUUUGGUGAUUCUUAAAGAACUAUUGGACGAUGGCUUCACAUUCGAGCAGUUUGCAACAAUCGCCGGUCCAGUAUUCGAAGCACUAUACAGUCUAUCUAUAUCCGACACGGUAAGUCCUAAACCGCCUCCUCUCAUUCCCUCAUCUAACAAUUUUUCACUUUGCAAUCAGAUCGAAAUCGCUACAAAAGCAGAGGUAAUCGACGCCGUGAGCGCGGCACUGGACUUCUUCAACCAGGUCGACAAUGCGACGCAGGAGAUGGAGAGUUUCGUCGCAAACUCGAUCGAUAAGUGGUCUGAAGUUUUCGCGCGGAAUAUGACGAUUCAGGUGGCGUCAGCGGCAGAGGGGGAUCUCGCGAGUAGUCUGGCGGGAGGUUAUGGCGUUCUUGCGUUGAAGUAUAACACUGUUAAGGCAAUUCAACGACUGGAAUCUACCUUCCCAUCUCAAUCUCAGGCAGCGGUUACUUCAAGACUUUUUCCAGCAGUAUGGGACGAUCUCCCGACCUCGGUGGCACUCUACACCUCUGUGUUCAUCAACUCCGAGUCCGACGAUCUGGACCUAGAAGACCCCGAAGGUGUCGCCAGAUUCAUCCGACUGAUCCCGCUAGAAGAAAUAGAAUCCAUCCGCAGCUGCGCGCAAGAACGCAAGGAAAUCAGACAAAGCGUCAAGAGCUCGCCUGCGAUGGUCGAAAGGCUGAUGGACCUUGCUACGCUGAUGAGCCAGAUCUCGGCUGAUACGGAAGAAGAUUAUAAAGACGAUCCGAAUUCGUUUGUUACCGAGGAGCUAUCGCUGUCGACGAAAUAUACCUGCCGCACGGCGGCCUCGGAUUUGGUGUCUGAGUUUAGCGAUUUUGCGGUGAACCCCAUAAUCGAUGCCUUAGCCAGCAAACUCAUUGCAUUAGCUUCGUCCGCAGACGGGGAGAAGAGACAGCAGCAAAGAUUACUAAAGGCGUGUCUGUUUCUGCUGGAGGUCACGCUCGUGCAAGACCGGUCGUUUGGCAAACAACUGUUUGCGACACCGGCGAUCGAGCAGAUGGUGCAGAUCAUCUACAGCGGGAUCUCAUCCGACGACGUUUUCCUUCGCGCGCGCUCGUUCAUCUUUGCCGGGACGUUCAGUCGUAAUCUGAAAAGUCUGGCUGCGACAUCACCUGCCUCCGCUGAGAUCGCAGAGAAGCUGUACGAUGCCGCAUUGCAGAGCGCGUCUCAAGACAGCAGUUUCAUCGUGCGUGCAUGCUGUCUCCUCUCCAUCCAACGCUUCUCAUCCACCAUCCCCCGCUCGCGACACAAGCCCACGCAAACCGCAAUCGUGCAAGGCGUGAACUCCCUGAUCGCCGACUCAGCAGACGACACGCCGUCGCUGCUCGUCGACGCGCUCGAGAUCGCAAUCAAGAUCAGUCCGGACCUGGCGAUCUUGCCUGAGACGCAGAUCGUGCAGCUGCUGUUUCUGUCGGCGGCCAAGGACGCGGCGAAUAUCCAGCUCACGAGCGAUACUUUUGAGGCCUUUGAGUUGCUCGCUGAACUCACCGAGCCGGCGCAUUAUCAAAAGUUCUCGGAGACGGCGAUUCCGCCUCUUGUGCAGGGGCUCGGGAAUGCGACCGGUAAUGAUGAGAUUGCAAACUCGACUUUGAUUAUGAGUUUAUUGGCCAUUUUGGUUCAACAUGCGCCAUCGCCUCUGCCCGCGGGUCUAGUAGACUACAUCUUCCCCAAAACAGCAAUUAUCCUCAUGACUUCGGACGACAAUCAGCUUCUACAGUAUGGCUCCGAGCUCCUAGCCCACAUAAUCGAGCACGACCCAGACCAACUGCGCGACUGGAAGGACACCCACGGCGUUCUCCAAAGCACGAUCGCGAACCCGACCCCGAACGGGAUCGAGGUCGUCCUGAGCAUUGUCGCGCGCCUUCUCAACCCGUCGCUGAUCGACGAAUCGAGCGCGAUGUGCAUCGGCGAGGUCGUCAGCGCGGUCGUGGAUAAAUACGGCCGCGAGCUCGGAAGCGAUUUGCUGGGUCAGUUGUUGUCGGCUACCGCGCAGCGGCUCGAGGCAGCGUCGAAUCCGCUGUUUAUCCAGAACCUGGUGUUGGUGUUUGCGCAUAUGGUGACGAUUGAUGCCGAGGGAGUCAUUGGAUUCCUUGCCGAUCUUGAGUUUUCGAAUAGCUCGGGUCUCGAGACGGUCGUGCGGGCGUGGUUGGAUAACUUUGACGUCUUCCGCGGAUACAAGGAAAUCCAACUGAACGUACUCGCGCUCACGAAACUCUACCAGCUCCACGACCUACGGGUGGAAGAAAUAGUCGUGAAAGGCGACAUCCUCGUCGACGAGGCGUCCAAAAAGGGCGUCAUCCUCACGCGCUCGCGGGCCAAAAACACACCGGUGCAGUACUCGAUGAUCCCGGCGCACGCCAAGAUCGUAAAGUUGCUGGUCAGAGAACUCGGUGCGAUUCCGAGCGAUUCGGGGAUCCCGAGUCGCGCGGGGAUCAUGGCAGCGGCGGAGUCGAAUGAGAGCGCGGUGGAUGAGGGCGAUGGAGAUGAGUGGGAGGAUGUGUUUAAUCCUGCUGAUAUCGGGCUUACUAUGAACGGUUUGUCUACGCCAGUCAUUUAUCUGAUUUUCUAUAGAGCUAACUCUAGAUGUCUAGAACUGAAAAAACUCGCUAGAUCCGAAAGUUUCGGCGACGACGCCUCUGCCUCUGAUCCCGACGACGACGACAAUACAACCAGGACCGGCGGAGGGUUGUUCAACGACAAAGGCGGCGACGAGAGCACUAACGAGCUGCUGAUCAAGUGUCUACGCGAUAUCUGCGCGACCGACGGACGCGAGCAGUUUAAAGCGCUGGUGACUAGCUAUUGUUCGCGUAGCGAGCUUGAGAUUCUAGAGCGGUGGCAGACGGUUCUGUUAUAGUAGGCUUAUCAGAAGAUGACGUCAUUUAGAUGAUUAAUUAAGGUUUAACCUCUGCUCAGUAUAAGGAAGCCGGAAAAGCCAGUAGACAACUUCCCGAGAACCCAACGUAAACAAAUAAACCAAUUACGCAUCCCACCACCAACAUUUCGGACAUUAAACGUUAUCUUCCUCGGGGAUUUGAGGAAGAGGACGAGCUACACAGUCU